GGUACCAGGCGCGCGUCCGUGAAGCCUCUCCUUCACCCAACAGAGACUCCGGGCCCCGGAACUGACUGCGGAACUGCUUCGUACACAAAUUAAAUUGAAAAAAGAAAAAAAAAAAUGCCAGAUGUCACGGUGUUUUUGUCAUGUUUGUUGUUUUUUGUUUCAAUUUUGCGUCCAGGGAUCGGGGCAGAAGUGUCCUUGUGGAAUGUCGACAUCAACUCAUCACAAAAUGCCGUCUUCAGGAAGACAUUGUACGCCAACACAACCAUCUUCAUGACAUUCCAGGGCGACUUGGCUCUAUGUGAUUCCACCCUGGCCUUCAACAUCAGUUGGUACCUCCGUUCCUCAAUCUGCUACAAUGAAGUCUUUAAUACUCCAGACAACAAGGCACUGACUAUGUUUGGUCUGGAUCACAUGCUGAAGGAGGACUGGAGUGGCUUCUACAGCCAGGGAUACAUGUACUUCGACAACUGCUCAACUCUGUUACUACCCAAGGUGUACUACACAGACUUCAGCCCCUAUCAACCUCUCAUCAGCCCACAGAGCGAGGAUGGCAGGCCUUCCAAUCAGAGUGCUCCGCAGGGGUGGCUGGAAAAGCCGGAUAUAGGUGCGGUGGCCAAGGCUUGGUCCGACAGCCCCUACCUGUUUAUAGUGAAGGUACAGCCGCAGCAGCGUGGAGAUGCCAGCGGGGGGCGCCCUGGAGCAGAGGAGGAGGAGCCUAAUGAUGUCCAGGGAAACUUGGCCUUUAUCAUGACCGUGGAGAUGAAGGGUCCUCGUGAAUACUCCUCCCCUGCAGACUGGCCUCUAAUGAUGUUCUACAUGGUGAUGUGUAUAGUGUAUGUAUUCUUCGGGGCACUCUGGCUCUUCUGGUCGGCCUGUUACUGGAAAGAUCUGUUGAGGAUCCAGUUCUGGAUCGGAGGAGUGAUCAUCCUGGGCAUGCUGGAGAAGGCCGUCUUCUACUCCGAGUAUCAGAGCAUCCGCUACAGAGGAGACUAUGUCCAAGGUGCUGUAAUCUUUGCCGAGUUGCUGUCUGCUCUGAAGAGAUCUCUGGCUCGUAUCCUGGUGCUCAUAGUCAGUCUGGGCUACGGCAUCGUCAAACCCAGGCUGGGCACCACAGUCCACCGGCUAGCAGCAGUAGGCCUGCUCUACCUGCUCUUCUCCUCCGUGGAGGGAGUGCUGCGCGUCACAGGAGGUUUCUAUGGGACUGUAGCCCUGGUGGCUAACCUGAGUCUCUCUCUCAUUGACUCCUGUGUGAUGUGGUGGAUCUUCAUAAGCUUGUCCCAGACCACUCGUCUUCUGAAGCUGCGUAGGAACGUGGUGAAGCUGUCUCUGUAUCAGCAUUUCACCAACACACUCAUCUUCUCUGUUCUGGCUUCUAUUAUCUUCAUCAUCUGGACGACCAAAGUGUUUAAGCUGGUCGACUGCCAGACGGGUUGGAGGGAUUUGUGGGUAGACGAUGCCUUCUGGCGCCUCCUCUUUUCCACCAUCCUCCUGGUCAUCAUGGUGUUGCUACGACCCUCCGCCAACAGCCAGAGGUUCUCCCAUUCCCCUCUGAUCGAUGAAGACGAUGAGGAGGACGAAGCCAAGGAACCCAUGCUGAAUGAAGCCUUUGAGGGGAUGAAGAUGAGAGGCACCAAGGCUGAGACUAAUGGAUCCCAGUCACAUAAACUACUCAGUAAAGAGGAUGAAGACCUGAAAUGGGUUGAGGAGAACAUUCCCACGACUGUUGCUGAUGUAGCCCUCCCAGUAAUGCUUGAUGAAGAGGAGGAAAUUCUGAAAACCAAGAUGGAGAGAUCCAAAAUGGAAUGACCGAGUGGAGGGGUUUCACCGAGUGGAGGGGUUUCACCGAGUGGAGGGGUUUCACCGAGUGGAGGGGUUUCACCGAGUGGAGGGGUUUCACCGAGGGGAGGGGUUUCACCGAGGGGAGGGGUUUCACCGAGGCAGCCAUUGAUGGAGUCAAAUGAAGUGACCCAUCAGAUCCUAUAUUUAUAACACUUUUAUGUUCCUUCAUUUGAGCACCGCCAUGCAGACGCUAAUAAAUUCUACGGCUUUGCCAAAUGGCCCCCUAUUCCCUCUGUAGUGUACUACUGUUGACCAGGGCCCUAUAUAGAACACUACUGUUGACCAGGGCCCUAUAUAGAACACUACUGUUGACCAGGGCCCUAUAUAGAACACUACUGUUGACCAGGGCCCUAUAUAGAACACUACUGUUGACCAGGGCCCUAUAUAGAACACUACUGUUGACCAGGGCCCUAUAUAGAACACUACUGUUGACCAGAGUCCUAUAUAGAACACUACUGUUGACCAGGGCCCUAUAUAGAACACUACUGUUGACCAGGGACCUAUAUAGAACACUACUGUUGACCAGGGCCCUAUAUAGAACACUACUGUUGACCAGGACCCUAUAUAGAACACUACUGUUGACCAGGGCCCUAUUCCCUAUAUAGUGCACUACUGUUGACCAGGGCCCUAUUCCCUAUAUAGAACACUACUGUUGACCAGGGCCCUAUUCCCUAUAUAGAACACUACUGUUGACCAGGGCCCUAUUCCCUAUAUAGAACACUACUGUUGACCAGGGCCCUAUUCCCUAUAUAGAACACUACUGUUGACCAGGGCCCUAUUCCCUAUAUAGAACACUACUGUUGACCAGGACCCUAUUCCCUAUAUAGAACACUACUGUUGACCAGAGCCCUAUUCCCUAUAUAGAACACUACUGUUGACCAGGACCCUAUUCCCUAUAUAGUACACUACUGUUGACCAGAGCCCUAUUCCCUAUAUAGAACACUACUGUUGACCAGGGCCCUAUUCCCUAUAUAGAACAAUACUGUUGACCAGGGCCCUAUUCCCUAUAUAGUACACUACUGUUGACCAGGGCCCUAUUCCCUAUAUAGAACUCUACUGUUGACCAGGGCCCAUAGGGAAGUGCACUACUGUUGACCGAUAGGGUCCCUGGUCAACAGUAGUGCACUACCCAAUGGGCCCUGGUCAACAGUAGUGCACUACCCUAUGGGCCC